CUUGUGGCCUUAUUUCCCGGCAGGACAUCAUGGGAAAGAUCACCACCAACCCCGGCGAGAAGAAGCCGGCGGCGGAGCCAGCAGCACCUGCGGCCGUGCAGCUCGAGCCGACCGCCCCGCUGCCCCAGAAGGUGGACGCGACGGAGCUUCCCCUGCCGGUGACCAUCACAACUGCAGCGCCGCCGCGCAGGAACCGCCGCUGCUGCAUCACCGUGCUGUCGGUGCUGAUCGUGCUGAUGGUCGGCGUCUCCAUCACGCUGGGCGCGCUGUACCUCAGGAAGCACCGCGGCCGCGACCACGACGAACACCACUGGGAUGGAGAGGACGACGGCGACUGGGACGAGCUGAUGAGCGGUGGAGACAAGCCCCAUUCCGGCGGAGACCGACCCUACCCCGGGCACCACCGUCCCGGCAGCGGGCACCACCGUCCCGGCGGUCACAGCGGAGAACACCGCCCGGGGCACGACAGCAGCAGCAGCGAGGAACAUGGGCACUGGCGGCCACGUCCUCACCGUCCCUAUCCGCCCAGGCCGCGCCCAUCCGACGAACCCCUCCCCUAAAGACACCUCCUUUCGUACCCAAAACCGUGCCUAUCUAGUUUUAUGCAAGCUCGGGAACGGCAAUAUGUUCUCAGAGCGCGGACCAACUCCCCUGACAUAUCAUCUGUCCAUUUGGCCAAUGUCUACUCUUUAUCAACGCUUCCCGAAUCCUGGUAGAGGCUAGCUAGUUCUACAUUUAUGUGCCUGAAGGGUUAGAAUCAGGCACGCGGUUCUGGAUAGUCUCCUCGUAUUCAAGAACGUAAUUUUGCCCCAGGCACGGUUCUAGAAACGCGUGGACUAUUCAGAACGCUGCCUGAGCACGGCCUGGUUCUGGAUAAAGCACGGUUCUGGAUACAACAGAUGCUGCUUAAAGCUUGAAUCCGGGAAACAAAGAAUAGUCUACAUCUAUUUAGUACCUCAAGUGCCUUGAUCAUAAGGUAACUACACUGCCAAGGGAGUUCAUCUAGUGUGCUCCGGACAUAUCCAUUCUGUUUUACACUUUGUUCUAAUACAUGCAUGGACUCAAUCAUUGGAAACCUGCAACGAGAAGACUUGAUGUUAAUUAGCCGUAAAUAUCCGGUAAUUGAAUUCUAAAGAAAGCUUCUGACAGAAACGACGCCUGUUUCGUAGAUUUGCCAACGUUUCUUUGCUUUAUAUGCAAUAUUGCUGACUUGUGUCAGUGCAUACAAUUUUCACAGAAGAACGAUUCUAACAUCAGACAGUAAUAAUUGAUUGAUUCUCGGGAAGAUUGUAGAUAUCUACUGGCGUACAAGAAUUGCUUUUUGAAUGGAAAACUAAGCUGUAGAUUUCCUUACAUGUAAGAGUUAAAAGACGGAUGUAUAUAUUUCUAUGGUACCUAUAUCGAAAGGGAUUUAACAUUUCUUACAUCAAAUGUAUUACACUAAUUGAUGUAACGGGAACGGUACUUUGCGCGUUUGUAAUAUUGCUAGUCUAGAAAUAAAUCUUGUUAUGAA